AUGUUGUUGAUAGGUCUAAACAAAGGUUUGAAUCUUGAAGAGGCAGCACCUAUACAUAAGCUAGCCUUUGGACAGGGUUUGUAUAGUGCUAAGUUUACAGGCAAGGGUUUCCGAAACACAUUUCCUCUUAAAAAGCUACAGGAAAGAGGGUUUUUGGAGAAUGAUAGACUCAUCGUUGAAGUCUACAUUAGUCGUGUUGAAAUUGUUGAUGGAGAAGGCAGAGUUGAAUCAGAGAACAAGGAGACUCUAGACAUCAACGGUUUACAGGUUUUUGCUUCUCGGGCUGCUUCAGCAAGAAAGAUAUUCAUAGAGCGCCCAGAUAUUGCAGAAGAUUUCAAACCAAAGAACCAAGUAGUGAAGACGGAGUACAUGAAUGUCCUUCUCAACCUCAUUGAGACACUUAACAAGCCUUCACAGAAUCACUCUGAGAGUGAGCUAAGCAAUGCUCAAAGUGAGUUGAGUGAGCUGAUGGAACAAGGCUUCAAGCUGGACUGGUUGAAGUCAAAGCUUGAUGAGGUUUACUUGAGGAGGAAGAAAUCAGAUGCUGAUGUCCAACAACUCGAUGAACGUGUUAAGAAUCUCGAGCUGAUGAACUUGGACUUCAAGCUGGACUGUUUGAAGACAAAGCUUGACGAGGUGUCCUUGGAGAGGAAGAAAUCAGAUGAUGCUGAUGGUUCUCGAGUCAAAGAAAUGGAGGCACGCAUCAAGAAUCUUGAGAUACUAGAUCUGGACUGGUUGAAGGCAAAGCUUGAUGAGGUUUCCUUGAAAAGGAAAUCAGGUGCUGAUGAUGUCCAACGACUCGGUGAACGUGUUAAGAAUCUUGAGCUGGUGAAAUUGGACUUAAAGCUGGAUUGUUUGACGACGAAGCUUGAGGAGGUUUCCUUGGAGAAGAAGAAAUCAGAUGAUGCUGAUGGUUCUCGGGUCAAAGAAAUGGAGGGACGCAUCAAGGAUCUUGAGAUGAUGGUGUCAGAUCUCAAAGUUGAACUGGGCAAGGAGAAGGCCAAAUCUUCCGCUGAUGAUUUUUUGUUGAUCGACUAG